AUGAAUUGUUCGCCCGAGCCUCGCUGCGGGGUUACUGCGGAGCGCAAGAAGCAGACCCUUCACAAAAUAGCGGAGCGAACAGCUCAACCCAACCACGACCCAAACACACACCACUGCCUGUGUGGAGCUGACGCUGAUCUGAUCAUGCUGGGCCUGGCCACCCACGAGCCCAACUUCACCAUCAUCAGAGAGGAGUUCAAACCCAACAAACCGAGACCCUGCGCCCUCUGCAACCAGGUCGGACACGAACUCAAAGAGUGCCAGGGCGUGGCUCGAGAGAAGCAGGGAGAGCACGAUGAAUUUGCCGGCUCGAUGCCGGGGUCUGAGCAGGAGUUCAUAUUCAUCAGACUCUGUGUGCUGCGAGAGUAUUUGGCUCGAGAGCUGACGAUGGCCAGUCUGCCGUUUCCCUUCGACUUUGAGAGGAGCAUAGACGACUGGGUCUUCAUGUGCUUCUUCGUGGGAAACGACUUCCUGCCUCACCUGCCGUCCUUAGAGAUCAGAGAGGGAGCGAUCGAUCGACUCGUCACCAUCUACAAAGACGUUGUGCACAAAACUGGAGUAAGUGUUAUCACCUGUUUGUAUCUUUAAGUGUUUCCUGUUGUG